CAGCAACUUUGGCACCGUUGGAUUUCCCACCGCCCAAUUUCACUCCGUUGAGUGCCCACCUUUCCCCUGAACCUCCGCAUGGCCAUUGGGUAGCCCAGAUCCACAAGAGCGCAUCCUAGCGCUGCCAUGGCUCCCGUCCAGCCAGCGCCUCUGCCCCAGCUGGAUCUCUCAAAAUGCUUCACAGGCGAGCAACAGCUCAUUUCCUGGGACGCUGCAUAUGUCGCUCUAUGCGACCCUGACGCCGCAGCGAAAAGCCGGGCCUUGGAAAGCUUCCUCCAUGAUCCGGCAAACAAAGCUGCUCUCAGCACACCAUGGCAACCGUUCCCAGGGCCGUCAUCCCAGGAGAAGGCCAAGUUCGACUCGAAGACUGCGCCUAUAAACGUGACGCCUUCGCCGAAUGGCCGCUACAACAUUGAUGAGAUCAAGGAUGACAGUAUAUGGCUGUCAAAGCUUGUGAACAUCUCAGAAGACGCCGCGCUCCGUCUGGUGAUUCUGGAAUGGCAGGCUCGGCCUUCUUAUCAGCUCCUAAGUGGUCUUACAGAAGAGGAGGCGUUGAGUGUAAGCGAUGCCGCAGGUCUGUCAAGCUUGGGCGCAUCCACCAUCAUUCCCAACUCGGCCAUCGUCACGGCCCCCUCCGGUCUUCAAGACGCCCAAUUCAACGCCGUGGAACAGCGUAGGCUUCGUAUCCUCGAGAUCUACACCACCUCGCGUAUCGCAAUCCUCAGAACAAGCCAGCUGCUCAGAUCGUGGAGCGAAGGCCCCCGUCUUAGACGAACCUACGGUCAAGACUACCGUGUAUGUAGCGCCGGGACAAGCUUCGACUGGCUGGAACAAUUGGGUAGUGACAUCAGCUUGGAAAAUGAUUGCUUAGAUCGGGUCAUUCAAGCAGUGGAAGCCAAAUGGGAUGGCCUGGACACCGGAUUCACCUGGGAUGUUCCAGAACCUGUGCAGGAGGGUGCCGAGAUUCUAUGGAUGGUUGCGGAAAUCACAGAGAUUAUCCACCUGCUUCACAUAGCGCUCAUUCAUGCAGACUUGCUAGAGGAUAGUUUUGUGGCGGCCAAGACAGUGGACCGUUGGUUCGCGCUUAUGCAGAAGACGGGCUUCUUCUCGACCUUCUCCGUGCCAUUGACAGAUCAGCAACACCUUGUGGCUCUUCUACAACUGCUCACGUCCCUUCUGUCCCUCGCCAUACUGAACGUCAAUCUCGUCUUACAAGACUUAGACUCCGGACGGAACACGUCUUGGCCCGCGUCUUGCUACCUCCUCGAUGGUUCUUUGCUAGAGAGAAUUACGAUCACGUUCGGCGAGGCGAAGAGUCUGGGCCCUAGUCCCGCCACCCCACCAGCGUUUGCCUGGGCCAUCAUCAUAUGGAGAUUGACGUUAUAUGCAAGCGAUCUGGAGCAAAUGCGGGAACAGCAAAUCCAGGGCAGUUCGGACGGACCCGAGCUCCCACCGAGCGCUUUAGAGAAUGCGGUCCUUGCGUUGAGCAACCUGAAUUGGGACCUAUUCGAAAAGAGGAUGCCUUUUGAAGAUAUUGCGGAGAGUUGCUCCGAAUUUGGUGUCCUACAGAUCAUAACACGACUCGUUGAACUUGCAGUGAGGUACUUUGGGACCGGCGCAGACCGCAUCUCCCGAGACCGCUUCCGAUUUCUCCUAUUGCACCUUGUGCGGGGUGCGAUGAGCUGCGGCAUCGUAGCUUACACAGAGGAUCUCGUCGCUUGCGUUCAUCGACUGAUGGUAGGCGACCGAUCGUUCCGCAACUGGAUCGAAGCGCAUGCACCGCACCACGUCGAUCCAAUCACUGCGUUCUGUCUUAACGAUGUCGCCGUUAUACGCCCUUUUGUUAUUGACGAAGCGCUCAUGCGUUACGCAUACGAGCCCAUGUGGAUGCUUCAACUGCUCAGUGCCCUUACGAGAGGCGAACGACCCAGCGAAGAUCCACUAUCGACCACUACGAACCUUUUAGCAAGGACCGAUAACUUCAUGCAACAGUUGCCUGCAGGUUUCAGCUCCUACAAUCUUAUCCGUGAAGAAGAGAAUUCAAACUACAUUUCUCUCUCAGAAGAUCUACCGCAGUUCGAAAGCACAGCCAGUGCGCGACUGAGACUAUCGGGUAGGCUACUGGGAUCGAGCAGUCAUGCCACCGACGACGACUCUAUGGUCAUUCCAGCUGGAACAAUAGGGAGAAUCGUAGACGACAACUCUACACCCUUUAUCGCCAUGUGGGAGUACCAGCAUUCAGCCUUAGAUUACCUGGUCGAGCUGCUCUCAACAUUCAUGAUGGGUAGCGACAAAGUCCAAGUCUCUAACCAGCAAGCGGUUUCUCUGGAAGUUGCGGGUGAGACAAUAGGACUUUUUGCCGACCUCCUACAUUCAUCGCUGCGGGAAGGAGAAGGAGCGAGCAUGGCCGAGCUUCUUAACGCUAUGAAUAUCGACACUGAUCGACGCCAUCAAGACACUAUAAACAUCGUGUUAGCGAUUUUCGAUCAAGCGCUGCUUCUGCAAUGCCAGGAGCCUGGAGACACACAGGUACUGGAGUUGCUCAUAAACUGCGUCCGCUUCCUCCAAGCGCUAAUCCAUCUCAUACCACACCGCGUGUGGCCGUGGCUAACCCGCAGCUCACUUCUGGACACCGAGGGUAAGGGUGGAAACCUCGCUGGAAUCCUGAUUGGGACAGAGGUGGUUACCGGUCGUUACCGGUUUCUCAUCGGGUGCAUACAGCUUUUCCAUUCUUUGGUUGAGGAUGCUGUUGGACGCUCUGUUGCUCGAAAAGUUCCAAGCAAAGCGGUGACACGAUUCAACGCAGGCCCAGCAUUGGAAAGUGGGACAUCUGAUAAAGCCAUGGGUAACGUUCUCCUCGCUUUUGGGAAGACGCUUGCCACCGUCUACGAGAGUUCUCUGGGCUGGAAGUUCGAGCGCUUGGAGGACAAAGUCGAAAUACACAUCGGCAUAUGCAGCGCUUUCGAUGCCAUAAUGCAUUAUGCUUAUGGUGUUGACGACACCAGCGAACUGGGGUCAAAACUAACAAGUCCUGUUGCGCCCAUCGCGGAACACAUCACUACGCUCUACCUCUCCACAUCUCAGCGAGAUGUGCCAACAAACCCUUUGUUGACGUCACUCCUAUCUGGGGCUACUGUCAACAAGGAGUCCUUCUCAACUAUGUCUGCUGCAUUGUGGAAGCAGCAAACGGAAACGGCUCUUGCAUUUUCGAACACACUCGUGCGGGUGGCCAUUCUUACCGACAGGCCAUGGACUCACUUGGAGGAGCAACUUUUCAAAGCGACACCUCUGCUAUCACGUCUGUUCCUGGCUAGCGAUUCCUAUACGUCCCCGAUAUUGGCCUUGCUAGAGACGCUCGUACGAGGCGCCGUUCGUGGUACGGAAUCACAUGAUAUCAGGGUGCACGGCGAUCAUAGCAAGUCAACUUCCCAGGAACCACCGUCUCUACUUGGCCACUUGAGCUCUAUGACGGCAAAGAACUUCCUCAAGGUCAUGUCACACUGGGAGAGACCACUACGGAUGGUAGACGUUCAAGUUCAGGUUUGGAAACUACUGUCGGCCGUGGUCACCUGUAAACAACAAUGGCUCUCAUUGUAUCUUCUCACAGGCAGCACUCCACGAGAGUCAGUCAGAAAGCAAGCUAAUACCAGCAACACCUGGUCUCGCGACGAAGCUCUGACGUAUCGCGCCAUCGACUCCAUCACGAAGCUGGACUUUGACAACCAAAGUAUUGAUUGGUCAUUGUAUGCCUCAAUGCUCGAGUUCAUCUCCUCUGCAUAUAACCACUGGGCUUGGGCAAUGGGAGAUUUCAAGCAGCACAGGGACUUCAUCCAGAAACUGCUUGCGUUCCUGAAAUGGAUACCUACCAAACGUACCGACCCUAACAGCGCUGCGGGUGCGUUGACUCGCUCCUAUCUGAACAAGUUUGCUGCCCUGACUUGUGAAGUGCUCGCCAUGCACCUUCAUACCUCCCGCCAGAUCGGCGAUGUGGCGCCCCUGAAGGAUAUAAUCCCAAGUCUAGGAUAUCUACAAGAACACGCCCUACGGCUCCCAUCUUACAAUGCUUCGUUGCACUCCAGGUUGAAGCGAAACUUCGAGAAGCAAUUCAAUGGCAUCUCGCUGACCAGCCUGAAACGCACGAUGCUGGACCCCGCUCCCUUUGGUCGCGCCUUCUUCUACGACGUUGACCUGGCAAACAAGCUGUUCAGAUUCAGCAACAAUUGGUCCGGCCCCAAAGGCACCCAGGGUCAUGGUUUCGCUGCCGAGGUGGUGCUCGCAAACCUCAAUCUUGGGCUGGUAGAAAGUGAGGUCCAGCUUCUGAAGGGCUGGAAACUUCUGGCAGUGGAAUUGAGCCAUGUGGUGAGCAAGGAUGUGUCCCUUUCCAGAGUUUUGAUCAAAGUCGUGCGGGAUUGCAUGACGACGAAUGCAGAGUCGACGCUCCCGGAAGCCUUGUUCGGGCAACUCACCGUUCUACGCGCGGAUUUAGCGUUUGUCCUCCUGCAGAGAAUGGUCAGCGCGAAGACAAACACGCCAGAAGCUCGCCGCUUGCUGAUCCCCGUCUGGAGCGCGGUUCGUGCGGCAACAACAGACUUCGACACAGUUUUCGCAAGUGACUCGGUAAACUACUACCGAUCACUACUCCGCACCCUCUACCUCACGCUGCAGUUCCACCUUAUGGACGAGUCUGCAUCGGAUGAGGAUGUAUUCUUGCGCUCUAGUUUUCGAGGGUCUGUCCCGGCCAGCAAAAACACUUUGGUUGAGCCGAUAUCCAACCAACUGCUGGAGAUCCUGGCGGACGCAGUCGCGCGGGGAUUCCGUAGUCUAGCCACCCAACUUCAUUCGGAACCCGGGUCUGUAUCUCCCUCUGAUUUCGCCCUUCUUACCGCAAUCCUCCAGACCAUCCUUAGCAUUCCGGAGAUGACGACAUGGCAUUCCCAGGCCGCGCUGCUCUUUUCCAAUAGCAAUACGCUCCGCUACGCAACCAGUCUCUUCUCCUGGUCCGACAAACUUACAAUCCAGAACAAUGGGGUUGCAGAUCCCGUGUAUGGUGAGCUGAGCUUGCUCUUCAUCCUCUCCCUUUCAAGCAUGCAGACCUUGGCAGAGUCAAUGGCAGUGGAGGGUAUACUUUCGCAGCUGAACUCGGCCAACUUAAUGAAUUACUACCGCCGGUCAGGUGGUAUGUCCCCGUUUGAUUCCCCGGCCCGCAUCUUCACCAUCUGGACCAAAGGGAUCUUGCCUCUGUGCCUCAACCUUCUCCGGGCAGUGGGGCCGGCCAUUGCAGGCGAGAUUGCCGCGUUUCUGAAUCAGUUCCCCGAGCAGCUGAAUCGGGCCUCUAACGCACUCAACUUUGGCAAAUCCACCACCAAGAUUACCUUGUCGAUAGCCUCGGAAGCUCACUCCCUUGCUCUCAUCACUAGUAUUCUUGACAAUGACCGAGCACAAGGCCCCAGGCUAGGGAUUCAAUCCAACGAUAUCCCGGACUUGGACUGGGACCGCGAGAACGUGAAAGAGGAUAUCGAGAGCUGGCUGACUAGAAGGGGCCUAUUGCGGGAACGCAUUGUUGUGGUUGAUGAGCGGGAUGCAGCCCUCUUCGAGAAGCCAGCGUUAGAUGACUACGAGAAUAUGCUCGAGAAGCGAGUGGUGAGCGAGUUGACUGCUGCUGGGGAAUGCUUGGGGUUGGGAAAGGGUACUUGAUGCAGGAAGUCCGUCUUGAAGUGCAUUUAGCGUUUCCUUAAAGGGAUGGUGUCUGGAAACGGUCGGGUUGGAUCCAUCAACUUCAUCACAAAAGCGAUGAUGGAGUUUGAGGUGCUGGAUAGAUUUCUCGUUGCUUUGCCGGUGGUGUUCGCGUGAUGGUCGCUACGUCUUAAUGUAUUCGUCUGUUCCUUUCAAUUUGGGUUCCGGUGCCAUCAGCGGUCUCGCUAGAUCUAUCCUUCAGGUGCUCGAGGAAUGAUUGUGCGUCUCAUCCGAAACCAGACCCUGGCUGACGUGACUGAAAAUGGGGAGACUUUGAACAGUCGGGAGCUUAGUAGGCUCACGAAUUUAUCUCAUCAUGAGCAAUGCUCUCUUCGGUCAUCAUGAAUCGUCAGGGUCAUCCUAUCUACAGCGAAAUCAUGCGGCAUGACAGCGUUCGACUUUCACACCAAUCCUCAGCACUCCUCUCACCUCUACUCGUUCUCCUCC